AUGUAUAGAUUGGUGUUACAGAAAUCUGUCAGAGUGUCAGGUAUUAGUGAGUGUCUUCACAUUACCCACGUGUCGACAGACCGGGUCUGGAUCAAUGAUUAUGACGGAAAACUCAUCUUAACAAACACAACAGGAGACAUUCUAGAUCGUGUGACAGAUUUAAUUAAUUGUAGUGGUGAAGUACAUACAGUGACUUAUAUAGACAGUCACGAUAACAUCAUCAAACUUUCUUCAGAUAAAGUAAAGACCACAGUGAUACCAUGCACAGCGCCAUGGAGACCACUGUGUGUCUACAGCUCCCCCUCCACAGGAGACCUUCUGGUCGGGAUGUGGAAUACUGAUACAAAGAAAGGCCAGGUAAACCGCUACACGAACACAGGACGACACAUACAGACCAUACAACACGACAACACAGGUCAGAAACUGUACAGUUAUCCUCACUACAUAACAGAGAACCGCAAUGGAGAUGUUAUUGUGUCUGACUUUGACCGUGAUGCUGUAUUGGUGACGGACAGUUCAGGAAGACAUCGUUUCUCCUACACAGGUCCUCCAUCAGGAUCACUAUUAAAACCACGUGGAAUAUGUACUGACGCGCUGUCACACAUCUUGGUGUGUGAUCGUUACACCGACACAGUAAAGAUGAUUGACCGAGACGGUCAGUACCUGACAGAGACAGCACAGCACAGGAAAGACACACCAUGCGGCCUGAGUUAUGAUGAUAUCACCCGGUCCCUCUGGGUCGGUUCAAACAAAGACAACACAGUGAACAUCUACAGACUUAUCUAUGGAAGGGGUGAUCUGACUGAUCCAAGUAGUGAUGAUCUGAAUAAAGUGGAUGAGUUAAAGAAGUUUCUGAGGAAGGAGAAGACAACUGUUUCCCAUGCCAGAGGAAUACUUGUUGGAUGUGCUGAGGCUGGAAAAACAACUCUACUGAAGAGAUUAAGAGGGCAACAUCAAAAUGUCAGUGAAGUUACAGAGUCCACCAGGGGACUGGAAGUCCAUCAUCAUCUCUUUAUUGUUAGACAUGGAAUUUUGGAAG